GCGAAAAAAAGACCAAAAAUAAAAAAUUUUUUAAAGUGUCAAGUUUUAAGAUUUUUGUGGAUACGACAUCACUACGUUAAAGAUGUAUGGAACAUACUAGAGGUCUGGGAGGGAAGAUGAAUAUUAACGUGCUGUGUCAUAAGUCAAUGGGACAGUUGAGUAAAGAUGUCCAAGUAGACCGAUGGAUAAACAGCAUCUGGAGCUCCGGGAUAGCGUAAGGAGUUUAUGGAGAAGAGGGCUUAUGAUGGGUUAAGAGGGAGGCAAGAUAAUGAACCAAAGUAUUUAAUCACCAUACGGAGAGGCUUUGCUCCCCACCAGCUUGCCCUGACUAUCAUCAAUCAUCUAAAGGAGCCUGAAAUGGCCUGGGCAGGUGCUUGCAGCUAACCCCCCAGGAUCACUAAACUAGCAGCCCUGGGUAGGAGCAGGAGCUGGGCGUGCGCAGGAAAAGCCGGGGAAAGGCGGGGAGACGGCUGAGCGUGCGCAGUAGCAGGGCGGCGGUUAGGCUUAGACCUGCCCAGCGGAGGAUGGAGGGAUAGAGCCCGCCCAAGAGAUGGCUAAGGUUUCCAACACGACAGAUAAUCGCAACGGGCGGGUCCAUUCCCGGCACAUAGACCCCAUAGUCCAGAAGAUUCCCUAUACUAACUUGGAAAACGUGCAAGCCAGAGGGUUCUCUGCGGCAGCCCGUAACUUCCAGGAGCGUGGCAAGACCUCGAAUCUGCCCAAGGACGAGGCCAAGGAGGGCACCGGGCAACGGCUGCUGAACAUGCUGAGAAAAACUCUUAAAGGGUCUGAAAGGAAAGAAACGGGAGUAACACCUGACGCAUCGACUUUGGUGCCGUUUGGGGAUGUGGUUGGCUGCCUGGCUAUUCAUAUAAAGAACUGCAAACAUUUUACCCCGAAAAUCAGUUUACAACUUUACAGUGAUUUGUUCAUUCGCAUCUCUAUUAACAACGUGGUGAAAUGUACAAAACCUUAUAGCUUGCUACCCCCAAAUGAUGAAAAGAACGCUAUAAUUGCAUUUGAUGAAGUGAAGUUCUUUUCUGUACAGGUUCCCAGACGUCAAGAUAAUGAGAAGAAUAAUAUUUACUUAGAACUAAUGCGAUAUGACAAUACAAAACAGUGUCUUGUCUUGGUAGGGAGUGUUCAAGUACAUCUUUAUGAAGUAAUUCAGAAAGGAUGCUUUACUGAAGACCUCCAAAUGUUGAAUAAAAACACAUUUAUCUGCAGGAUGGAAGUGGAAUUUAUGUUCUCCUACGGAAACUUUGGUUAUGGAUUUUCGCAUCAGUUAAAACCUCUUCAGAAAAUUAUUGAGCCAUCUAUGUUUAUGAAUGUUGCACCGCCUCCAGAAAGAACGGAUCCUGUGACAAAUGUUAUUAUACCACAACCAAUAGAAUAUCCAGCAUUCUUAUCCCCAGACCUGAAAGUUACUGUUGGAGCACCUCCUGCAGCACCCCAGAUGAAACAGCCAUCUGUAGUGAGACUUGAGAAACUUCAGCAGCAACCCCGGGAAAGGCUGGAAAAAAUGAAAAAAGAAUAUAGACAGCUGAGUACAUGGAUAGAAAAAGCUAGCUAUUUAGAAGGAAUUCUUACCCCAAGAUUGGAACAUAAAGAACUUAAGGAAAGUAAUACCAAUCAAGUCCUUGAAAGCCAAUUAGAAAAGAGCCCUGCAGAUACAGUAAUAUCAGAUACACCUCUGACAAAGGAAAAAGCUGAAACUAUUCCUAGUGAGUUCCUGGAUAAUAAGAAAGGCCUGACUCUGUCAACUUUGAACCACUCGGGUGAAAAUGAUUCAAAUGUUGUUGCUCCUAAAAAUGAUGCAUCAACAAAGCAAAUGGAUAGUCCAUUCACCACUGUUCCUCGGCUGAUGUCAACAGAAGAGGAUGAAAUUCCAUCUUUAGAGGAACGCCAGCAAGAAGCCGUGCCAGAGAGAAAAAUGAAAAAUGUGCUGUUUUCAUCAGAAGGAAAAUUGAAAGAUAGAUAUCAAGGCCUUUUUAAAAUAGACUCAUCUCCAUCAGAGCUUGAAGAACUCCUUUCAGCAUUUUUGUAAGGAAGGUGAUGAACCCCUUCAGCUUUUGUUUUUCUGGGGACGUCUUUAUCUCUGCUUCAUUUCUGAAGAAGAGAUUUCUGGGUAAAGUAUUCUUGGUUGCUACUUUUUUUCUUCUUUCAUCACUUUGAUAUAUCAUUUCACUCUCUUUGGCCUGCAAGGUCUAUGCUAAGAAAACUGUUAGUAGCCUUUUGUGGGUUCCCUUGUAUGUGAGAAUUUUUUUUUUUCUUUGCUGCUUUUAAAAUCCUCCCUUUAUUGUUAAAAAUAGACAGUCUUAGAGAAGAUCUCUUUGGGUUGAAUUUAUUGGGAAACCAGUGAACUUCAUGAAUUUGUAUGUCCAAAUCUCUCCUCAGCUAUUAUUUCUUUAAAUACACUUUCUUCUCUUUUCUAUCUCAGUUCUCCCUCUGGGACUCCAGUGAUGUGUAAAUUGUUUGGCUUGAUGGUAUCCCACAAGCCUAUUCCCUUAGGCUUUCUUCACUUCUUCAUUCUCUUUUUAUUGUUCUCCUUUGACUGGAUAAUUUCAAAUAAUCCAAGUUCAUAGAUUCUUUCUUCUGUAUAAACAAUCCUGCUGUUAUGCCCUCAUUUUCCAUUGUAUUCUUCAGCUCCAGAAUUUGUUUGGUUCUUUUUCUAGUGAUCUGUCUCUCUAAACUUGUUUUGUUCAUGUUUACAUUGAAUCGUUUUUUUCUGUGUUUUCUUGUAGUUUGCUGAGCUUCCCAUAAAACAAAUAUUUUGUGUUUUCAUUGAAUCGUUUUUUCUGUGUUUUCUUGUAGUUUGCUGAGCUUCCCAUAAAACAAAUAUUUUGAAUUCUUUAUCAGGCAAAUUGCAGAUUUUUAUUUCUUUUGAGUCUGUUACUGGAAAAUUAUGGUGUUGUUUGGUGGUGUCAUGUUUCCUUGAUUUUUUUUUUUUUUUUUUUGUGCUCUUUGAAAUCCUGCAUUGCUAUUUUCACAUUUGAGGAAGUAGUCACCUCCUCCAGUCCUUAUUGUCUGACUUUGGGAGAGAAAUAGCUUCUGUCAUCCCUGCUAAGUAUUCUAAUUCUUGGACUUUUUCAGUGGAUAUGCCUGCUCCAUACUUCUUGUUCCUUUUUGGGGAUGGUGGUAGUAGGGGGACAGUAAUCUCUAAAUAGCAUAUGCCUUCUCUCAAUUCUGUAAAGCUGUUAGCCUCUCAUUUGCUUCUUCUGAGUGUUGAAUGCUCAAGUUUGUGUGCUUUCUCCCAACUCUGCAGGCUAUGUUUCUGUGCAUGUUCACUAGCUGUUGGCAAAAGCUCACACUCACUGCCCUAAGGGGCAUGCAGAGGAAGCCAGUCGUAGGGUGGGGUAUGUGUGAAUGAUUCAUACAACGUGUUGGGAUGCCCGUCAGCAGUUUUGGGGAAUCUGAAAGCAAAGUGUCCCAGUGGCCCUUAGGCAGGCUUCCUGAUGGUGUCUGAAGCAGCUAGUAGGAUCAUUAUCCUUUUAUGCAUUCCAAGCCGGCUGCUGUUCUCCCAGCUCCUCUCUGCUCUGCUUUCACAUGGCUCACCUCAGUAUUCUGGAUAAGGUGAGAAGGAAAUAGGCCUCUUUGGUAGUGUUCCACAUAGCUGUGAAAGCUGUCUCCUCAUUCAUAUGCUCUCGCUUUCCCCAUAGGAGAAACAGUGGGUGAAGAGGGUGUCUCUUAGAACUAAACUGUGCUACCUUGGGAGAGGGGUGAUGCAGGAAAGCAAAACUGCUCCUCUACCUGCUUUGGUGCAUCCAUUCUCAUGUUUUCACUCCAACAGUGCACUGGAACUUCUCUGCUAGAUUUCUAGGCUUCCAGAAAGGUGCAUUCAUCUGUGGAUGAUUGUCAAAAUUGGUGUUCUUUGGGUGGAAGGUGAAAGGAAACUCCUAUUCUGCCAUCUUGAUGACAUCAGACAAUAUGACAUUAGCUGCAAGAUUUUCAUAGGUUGAGGAAGUUUCUUUCUAUUCCUAGUUUGUUGAGAGGUUUUAUUAAGAAUGGGUUCUGCAUUUUGUCAAAUGCUCUUUCUGAAACUAUUGAGUUGAUCAUUUUUCCUUAUUUAGUAUAUUAAUGUGAUAAAAUACGUUGAUUUUUAUCAUUAAAUUAACUUUGCAUUCCUAGGAUCAACCCUGCUUGGUUGUAAUAUAUUAUCUUUUUUCAUAUAUUGUUGGAUUUAUUCACUGAAUUUUAUAAAAGAAUUUUUCCAUGAAUAUGAAUUUCAUUAGAAAUAUUGGUCUGUAGUUUCCUUGUAGUAUCUUUGUUUGCUUUUGUUAUUAGAGCAAGACUGGUAUUAUAAAAUGAGAUGGGAAAUUUUAUUUCCUUUUCAAUAUUCUGGAAGAAUUCACUCUUUUGCUUGUUUCUUGAAGUGACAGUUGAGGUAAAAGAUUUGAGAUCUUUCUUUUCUUCUAAUGUAUCAGUUACUUAUAUAUUAAUAAUAUAUUUAUUGCUAUAAAUUCCUCUCUAAGUACCACUUUAUAUUUAUCCCACAAUUUUUGGCUUUUGUUUUAAUUUUCAUUCAGUUCAAAGUGCUUUGUAAUUUUUCCCUUUUGAUCUCAUUUAUUGCAUAGUUUAGUGUGUUAUUUAGUUUCCUAAUGUUUGGGAAUUUUCUAGAGAUGUUUGUAAUUUAAUUCUCUUUGAUCAGAGAACAUAUUUUCUAUGAUUUGAAUCCUUACAAAUGAAUUGAGACUUGUUUUACAGCCUAGAAUAUUGUCUAUAUUGGUAAAUAUUCUGUAUACAUUUAAAAACAUUGUGCAUUCUGCUUUUGUUAAGUGGAAUGUUCUUUUGAAAAACUAAAAUAUUAUUUUGAGAUAAUUAUAGAUUUUCAUUCUUGUAAUAAAUAAUACAGAUAGAUCUUUAUAAAUCUUGCAAGACUAUAGUAUAUCAGGACCAGAAUAUUGACAUCGAUAUUAACAGACACUUCCACCCCAUAAUAAAGAGCCUCAGUUUAUUUAUUGAUGUUUGACUGCUGACAGCUUUUAAACUGCACCUCUCUUUCCCUCCUGCUCCAUUUCUGGGCAAGCCUAUAAGAAGCCUUGGAUAUGUCUUCCUUUGUUGCCAUAAAAACAUCUUCCUCCACAUGGGAAUUCUCCUUUCAGCCCUACCAUCUAACCACAAUAAAACCCUUAAACCUGUUCUUUCCCUGCUCUCAAGUAUUUUGGGGGCUCACUUGGGAGGUCAGUCAUACUCUCACAAGAAAACUUCAUUUUGCACAGUAAAAGGAAACAAUCAAGAAAAUGAACAGACAUCCCACCAAAUGGGGGAAAAUAUUCUGCAAAUUAUCUAUCUGAUAAGGGGUUAAUGUCUAAAAUACAUAAAGAACUCAUAAGACUUCAAUAGCAAAACAAACAAUCCAACUAAAAAAUGCACAGAUUCUGAUGGACAUUUUUUCUAAAGAAGACAUAAAAAUUGCCAACAAGUACAUGAAAAGAUGCUCAAUAUCAAUAAUCAUCGGGGAAAUGCAAAUCAAAACCACAAAAUUUUACCUCACGCCUGCUGUGAUGGCUAUCAUCAAAAAGGCAAGAGACGCUAAAUGUUGACUAGCAUGUGGAGAAAGAGGAAUCUUGGGCAAUGUUGGUGGAAGUGUAAGUUGACUUAGCCACUAUGGAAAAUAGCAUGGAGGCGCCUCAGAAAAUUAAAAAUAGAGGUACUAUAUGAUCCAGCAGUCCCACUUCCAGGUAUAUACAAAGGAAGUGAAAAUAAGAUAUCAAGGCAAUAUUUGGAUUCCCAUGUUUAUUGCAGUGUUGUUCACAAUAACCAAGACAUGGAAACAACUGAAGUGUUGGUGAGAUGAAUAGUAAAGAAGAUGUGAUAUAUAUGUAUGUCCAAUGGAAUAGAGAAAUGGGAAAAUCCUGCCAUAUGUGACAACAUGGGUGGACCUUGAGGGAAUUAUGCUAAGUAGGAAUACAGACACAAAUACUGUAUGACGUCACUUAUAUGUGGUUAAAAUAUAUAUAUGUGUGUGUGUGAGUGUGUCUUUUUUAAAAGUUGGACUCAUAGAAACAGUGGAAUGGUGGUUACCUGGAUGUGGGGAAAUGGGGACAUGUUGGUCAAAGACUACAGACUUCUAGUUAUAAGAUAAGUUAUGAGGCUCUAAUGUACAGCAUUGUGAUUUUAGUUAACAAUACAUUUUAAAAGUUGCUAAGAGAAUAGAUAUUAAAUGUUCUCACCACAAAAAAAGAAAUGUUAUGAAUUAUGUGAUGUGAUGGAGGUGUUAACUAACACUAUGGUGAUAAUCAUAAUAUACGAGUGUAUCAAAUCAACACAUCUGACACCUUAAACUUACACAACAUUCUAUGUCAAUUAUAGCUCAAUAAAGCUGGAAAAAAUACUGGGUCUAACUUACAGUUAUAAUUCAUGGAUAGUCAUUACACCAGCCAGAAUGGCCAUCACCAAAAAGUCUACAAACAAUAAGUGCUGGAGAGGGUGUGGAGAAAAAGGAACCCUAUGACACUGUUGGUGGGAGUGUAAA